ACAAGCUGCAGCUUCUGACGGUAAAAACAUACCAUAUGCAAAUUGAGAAACUGCGGUUCACGUGUUAGGUGCUGAAGGAAGAGGAACCUCGUUGGUUCUCUAUAAGGUAGUGCAGCGUUGUUGUAGUUCAGUCCACACUUUCAAUCAUCCGCCAAAGCUCAUUUGAACAAACCUGCUCUCCUUCUCUGCACUGACACAAGAACGGUGAUGAACAGAGUGUAAUGAUGGAGGAAGAACUCAAUUAUGCUACUGUGGUUUUUAAAAAUGGUGGUAGUCCUCAGAAAGAAAACGAUGAGGACUCUACAAUUUAUUCUACAGUUAAAUCUAAAGUUCCUGCAGCGACUGGAACAAUAAAAGCAGCUGGAGGACUAGCUGCUGCUCCUCCACCAGCUGGAGCAGGUGGAGGAGCAGAAGCCGGAGGAGCAGCAGCGGCACACUCCCGGCACUUUGUCCUGCUGCUGGUGUGUUUGGGGAUUCUCUGCGUCCUGCUCAUGGCGUGCAUCGGCGUCAUCAUCUACAUCUGUGGGGUCAUGAAGGCCCAGGAAGCUGUCGCAGAAAACGUCAUCCACCUCGAGAAGGAAAAUCAUCAGCUGGUGAUGGAGAAAGAAAUCCUAGCGAACGAGACCGAGGUGCUGACCCGAGACAGAGAUGAUCUCAACAGGACGCUCGGAGUCAUCAUGACGUUCCAAAACUUCCCAGUCAAUAAAUUCUGCCCAGACAAAAGGUGUCAGCCGUGCCGGGAGAGAUGGAUUCCGUUCCAGGAUCACUGCUACCUGUUUUAUGACAAACCCCCUCGUUGGAAGACAUGGGAGGAAGCACGAACAAUUUGUCGACCUAACGCAGACCUGGUUGUUGUCGACAGUUUACAAGAGCAGGAAUUCAUUAAUAAUCACACCAAGUACUACUACGACAAGAAUCAUGGAUACUGGAUGGGAUUGCAUCAAAAUGAGGACAACAAGUGGAUCUGGAUUGAUGAACGAAAUGAGACUGAGGGGUACUGGAUUCAGGAGAGAGUCAAAAACACUGGUAAAUGUGCGAUGACAUUCCCUCGGCAUAAUGCGACAGCCAGCUGGGGCCCAUCAAGUUGUUCAAUGCAGAACAAAUUCAUCUGUGAGCAUGAAGCCCUCGUCAGGACUCCAGUCAGUUAGCAUAUUGGGUUUUCUCGUUCCAAACUUUGCAUUCAAAUUGAAAUUUACAAAACUGUUCCACCAGCGUUUGGAACAAUUAAGUGCACAAGAAACAGAGAAAAAACAAUAAUGGAUACAACAUAAGGUAAACAACAAAGGGUGUUUGGCGUGCAAGUGUUAAUUUUAUGUAUCUAUGAUUUUGUGUUAACAUGUGUUUUUAUUAGCUACUGUGUACGAUCAAUUUGGAUGAAUAUAUUGUAAUGUGUGAAAAGUGUAAAGACAAGAAGCCUCAACCUGGUUCACACACUAAUUAAUAUUUUGUCAUUUACAAAAAUAUAUAUACAAAAUGUCCUGCAUGCUGAUGCUGCCAUCUUGUGUCGAUAACCUCAUUUGACACCAGAGUCUAGUCGUGAGUCUCAGCUGUCAAUCCUAAUGUUUCCCCUUGUUUUUAUAUCCUCAAACAAAAACCUAAAUCAAACUUGUCAUAAAAUUUUACAUUUAAACAAACAUCAGUGUGAUAAGAACAAUCUGAAAUGACACAAACCAUCUUUGGUUCUUUUAUUUGACAUGUGACUUUUUAGUAGCUCCAUGGCCUUUAGAGGGCGAUGGAGAUUGAGAUUUGGGGGAUCCUUCAUGACGUCCAUCUUUAUACACAGAUCUCUAUAUACAACCAAACCACCGGUGUGAAGCUAUAUGAUGAAGUAUUUGUAUUAACAUGUUAAGAAAUAAAAAUGGGCUCUUCAAAAUAAAAGCAGCCUGUCCAAUAAC